UAGUUCAGAAUUCAGAGUUUUUAUUUUAUUUAUUCAUUAUACAUGUGAAGUUAUAUUCAUUAUAUUGAUAGUACUUUAAUUAAUAUAGAUGUGUUUUACGUGCAAUGAUUGUUAAUUGGUCUGUAUUAUAUUUAAGUCUAUUUCUUAAAUAUAGAAAUGUACAGUACAACAUGACAUGAAUUAGUUUAAAAGUACAACAUAUAACAGAUUUAUUAUAAUGGGUAAUUGUAUGCGAAACGUACUACAAAGGUUACAAAAGAAAAAAUGUUCAGAAAAGACUAUUAUUUUGCUUAUUUUAGGCCUUGAUAAUGCGGGAAAAACUUCAGUUUUAAAUUGUAUCAGUGGAGAUUCAGAUAAAAACACAUUACCUACAAUGGGAUUCCAUAUAGUAUCUUUAAAAUACAAAACAUACACUGUAAAAAUUUAUGACAUUGGUGGUAGCUCUCAAAUCAGAUCUUUGUGGCCAAAAUAUUAUAAUAGUAUACAUGGUCUUAUAUAUGUUGUGGAUGCUAGUGAUAUUUCCCGUCUUACAGAAAAUAAAGUUGUUCUUGGUGAAUUAAUCUCACAUGAAUGUAUUUCAGGAAAACCAUUAUUGUUGCUUGCAAACAAACAAGAUAUAAAUGGAGCUAUUGAUGAAUUAGAUCUUGUCGAGAAUUUAGAUGUAGAACAUGCUGCUAAUACUAUGAAAUGUCCCACAAGAGUGGAGAUAUGUUCGUGUAUUUGCAAAGGAGAUCAAUCAAAAGAUAAUACAAUUGGUAUAAAAAAUGGAUACAAAUGGCUGCUGGAUAUAAUAGUGAAGAAUUAUACAACUUUAAAUAGUAAACUUAAAAGUUUUCAAAAUGCUCAAUACGAAAAAAAUAUUGAAGUACAAAGUAUAGCAUUAGAUUCACCAUCAAGAUUAUCAAUCCAUUCCAAUCCUUUUAAACCAAUCAAAGACCUAAUUUUAAAAAGGGAAGAUAUUCAUACAGCAAGUAUUUCACAAAAUGGUAUAAUAACAAAUGAAAAUAAGUUAAAGAAAAUAUUUAAACAUAGAAAUAAGACUGCACCACUUACUACUGAAGAAUCUGUCAUUGAAAUUAAAAAUAUAUCAGAAAAUGUUAAAUUUACUACACAAGCAUUAGAAUCACAAAAGAAUUUUCAAGUAUUUUCACCAAUAUUAAAUCCAAUAAUAUUAGAUACAUAUACAAAUUCAGUUAGGUUAAAAAAUAAUCGUCCAUAUACAGCACCAGAAUGUACACAACAUUUUGUAAAUAAGAUAACAGUACUUAACAUUCCUGGACAAGUGACACAAGAAUAAUAUUUUAAAUUGUAUUAUUAUCAAAAAUAAUAAGGGACCAUUAUUAAGGAAUAUAUAUAAUAAUACAGAUUCGGACGAAAUAGAUAUAAAAUCUAAGAGGUGAUUCUAGAGAUUAAAAUAAACACAUAAAUCGAUAUGCAAAAAUGUUCAAAUUAUAAGCAAUAGAAUUAUGUACUAAAUAAGCAAAAUGGAAAUAAAAUAUAACAGAGAUAAAGCUAUC